AUGUCUUUUAUCUUCUUCUAUAUAAAGGGCUUUAACAAUAUCAAACACUUCUCACGGCCAAUAAGGAGCUAGAAGUAAUAACAAUCAAUGGCUUUGGGCCGAGACCUUUCGAGUUUGGCUCUUUGGGGACUGGUCUGGCUCUUGGUUUUGGUGCUUGAGCCCCAUGGUGUGUGCGGCUCGACCAGGAGCUGGUUUGGUCCGAGAAAAGGUGUGGUGGCUUCGCCUGACAUUGGUAUAUGCAAGUCUUCUGUUGUUUCAUAUGGCUACAAGUGCCAGGAGAUUGAUGUGACAACCCAAGAUGGCUAUAUUCUAAAUAUGCAAAGAAUCUCAGAAGGUCGAAGUAGGGUUAGCGGUGGUGGUGGCCAAAAGAAGCAGCCAGUGUUGAUUCAACAUGGGGUUCUUGUGGAUGGAUUGACCUGGCUUUUAAAUGAGCCAGAAGAAAAUCUUCCAAUGAUUUUAGCUGAUCGUGGCUUUGAUGUGUGGAUUGCUAACACCAGAGGCACCAGGUUUAGCCGCAGGCACACAUCGAUGGAUCCCAGCCAACCCAGGUUUUGGAAUUGGUCUUGGGAUGAACUGGUCACAUUUGAUUUACCUGCGGUUUUUGACCAUGUGUAUAAAGAAACCGGGCAGAAGAUUAAUUACGUAGGCCAUUCUCUGGGGACCUUAAUUGCUUUGGCAUCUUUCUCAGAAGGGAGAUUGGUGGACCAGCUCAAGUCAGCAGCACUGUUGAGUCCCAUUGCUUAUUUGAGCCACAUGACCACUGCACUUGGCGUUGUUGCAGCCAAAUCCUUUGUUGGAGAGAUUACUACACUGGUUGGUCUUGCAGAGUUCAAUCCAAAAGGAGAGCCUGUGGCCCAUUUUCUCAAGGGCCUCUGUGCUUAUCCGGGAGUUGACUGCUACGACUUAAUGUCUGCACUUACAGGCCGAAACUGCUGUCUCAAUUCUUCCACCGUUGAUCUCUUUCUAAAGAACGAGCCUCAGUCAACAUCAACCAAGAACAUGGUGCACUUAGCUCAAACUGUUCGAAAGGGGGUUUUGGCAAAGUUCAAUUACGGAAGAGCUGACUACAAUCUGAUGCAUUACGGGGAAGCCUCGCCACCAGUUUACAACCUCUCAAACAUUCCUCAAAACCUUCCUCUUUUCAUUAGCUAUGGAGGGCGUGACGCUCUCUCAGAUGUUCGAGACGUGGGGCUCUUGCUCGACAGUCUCAAGUUCCAUGAUGUUGACAAGAUCACUGUUCAGUUCAUCAAGGACUAUGCUCAUGCCGAUUUCAUCAUGGGAGUCGACGCUAAAGACAUCGUUUAUAACUCUGUCGUCUCAUUUUUCAAUCAUCAACAACACUAAUCAAUAUCAUAUAUCCUCAUCAUCAACUCAAGUUGGGGUCAGUUUAUGUGUAAUACAAGAUUAAAUAAGUUUUUUAGUAGAAUUACCACAACCACUUGAUCUCUUAGCAAAACUACGUAAUCUAUGAACACGAGAAAUUUUGAACGGUU